AACCAACCGACUGCCAAACAAAUAAACCCAGGCCACGCACAACCCAAAAAUCUUCCACGACCUUGCUAUCGCCGGCUUCACAGUUCACACCGAGUAACCGACAACGAACCGACUUCUAAGUAAUCAACCACAGAUUCAUCAAUUUUUCAAAUUCGAAUGAAUAAACUCGUAUAAACAACAAGAUGGACAUAAAAGCAUACCUUAACAGAUCUAUCAAGGAGAACAUAGUUCGACAGGAAAUAUGUGAUGCUAGGCAAGUACCUUGCUUUCCAGCUUCCUCAUAUUCACCCAUAUGUAUGACAAAUUCAGCUCUGGGGAUGUCCCUCGGCUUUCAAGACCCAAGUUCACUAUCCCCUACAUUUGAUUGCUUUGUGACUCCCAGAAUCGGACCUAAUACAUUGAGGACCAUCAAUGCUUGUGAACGCGACUUCUUUGAAGGUGAAUUGAACUACUCACACUAUAGAGGUUUCAUGGAGAAUGAUCACAAUGUUUGUGAUGUGGGUUUUGCAUUACCGCAGGAGCAAAAAUUGGAGUUUCCUUAUUCAAAUUUGCAGAACUCAGGACAGGGUACACAGUGGAUUACUGAAGUCUCUGAUAUUUUGAAUAAUCUGAUCUACAAUCCUCCUAGAUCAACGAUUGAGGAUUUACUGCAAUUUCAGCUGUUGAUGCCAAGGUCUAAAGAGUUUCAUCAGUGGCACCAUCAGCCUUAUGUGCAACUUGAUAAGCUGUGUGAGGCCCAGUCACAGUGUUACCUGGCUGAAGACGAAAAAUGUUGUAAUGAAACAGCAGGGCAAGAGGCAUCUAAGCUGCCUGAGCUCCAUUCAGAACAAUCUCAUGGUAUUACUGGUGAACUUUACCAGGGAUCUAGAAAACCAAAUAAUGGUCUCAAAAGGACUUUGUCUGAUGGAGAUCUUAGUGACACCAACUCUAUCAUUACAGAAGAUGUUCUACCUCCUUCAAAAUGUCUGAAGACAGAAAAUUUUGAUUCCUUUGAAAGUGGAGUUUGUCAUGCAGUUGAUCCUGCAAUUAAUCAACCUUAUGCAUUUGAACAACUUUCAUGCAUGAUGCAACAGCAUGAAACUCCAGUAGCUGAUAGUUCAGUUGUGAUGGAGGUGGACACGGAACUUCUAACUCCCAUACAAGGCCCCUCAAGAACUAGUGUAACUUGGAAUGAUGCCUCAGAUACUGCUCAGAGCUUGGACUUCAAGAGUACACCUAUUCCUGCUGAAGAGUUUAUUGGGGGUUGUAGACAAAGUGAGAUAGAGGGUACAUGCAUAAGUGAUAAAAGAAAUGCUGUCGCAGAAAAUUGUCACUCGGAAGAGCCCCUUGAUAGUCAUAAAGAGGAGGAGAUACAAGUGAGGACCAUGUUCGACCAGGCCAGCCCAGAAACAGAAGGUGAUUUAAUUGCCCCUACAGCCGAUAAUGAGUCUGCAAAGAAGUCAGAGGAACCAAAUAUACCAGUCGUGUCUUUUGCUGAUUUUUUCACAGCAGAGCAAAUAAAGGAGCAUAUCUCCAGUCUUAGGCAGUGUAAUAAUCAGAGUAUCAUGAAGGAAGCAUCAGAAAAUACAAUCGCACAUUCUGUUGGUGAAGGCUCGUGCCAGUUGUGUGCCAUGGGAAAGCUUGCGUUCGCUCCGGCACCUAAGUAUUGCUCAACUUGCGGAGCUCGUAUAAAACCCAGUUUGUUUUAUUAUCACGGGCUGGAUGAAAAGGGUGCACAGCAUUGCUUUUGUCCCUCAUGCUUUAGGGUGUCUCGUGGUGGUACCAUCUCAUUCCAAGGGGUUUCCAUUUCCAAAGCAAAUCUGUACAAGGCAUGUAAUAAUGAGGAAAAUGAAGAAUCGUGGGUUCAAUGUAAUAAAUGUGAACAAUGGCAACACCAGAUAUGUGGUCUCUACAAUAAGAAACAAGAUUUGGAAGGAAAAGCAGAGUAUAUUUGUCUAAAAUGCCGUUUAGAAGAAAUAGAAAUUAGACCGCAGAUGCCCUCAUCAAAGACUGCAGCAUUUGGAGCAAAAAAUCUGCAAAAGACUAGGCUUAGUGAUCACAUUGAACGAAGGCUCUUUAGGCGUCUCAAGCAAGAGAGAGAAGAGAGGGCAAAGGCUUUAGGGAAGAACUUUGGUGAGGUACCUGAAGCAGCUGAUCUCGUUGUCAGAGUGGUGUUAUCUGUCAAAAAACAAUUGAAAGUGAAACAGCAAUUUUUAGAUAUCUUCCAAGACGAGAAUUAUCCUUCAGAAUUCCCAUACAGAUCAAAGGUGAUUCUUUUGUUUCAGAAAAUUCAAGGUGUAGAUGUAUGCCUUUUCGUAAUGUAUGUUCAAGAGUUUGGUUCAGAAUGCUGUCCACCAAAUCAACGUUGUGUUUAUAUAUCGUAUCUUGAUUCUGUCAAGUACUUCAUACCAGAGAUAGAUACUGUUAAUGGCGAUGCUCUUCGUACCUUCGUUUACCAUGAAAUUUUGAUGGGAUACCUAGAGUAUUGCAAGAAACGAGGUUUUUCAACCUGCUAUAUAUGGGCCUGCCCACCUUUAAAAGGAGAAGAUUAUAUUUUAUAUUGCCAUCCAGAGACACAGAGAACACCAAAAGCUGAUAAGCUGCGGCGGUGGUACAAGUCAAUGCUAAAAAAAGCAGCCAAUGAGAACAUUGUGGUGGAUACCAGUAAUUUAUAUGAUGAAUUCUUUAUUUCUACUGGAGAAAGCCAAACCAAGAUAACUGCAGCUCGUUUACCAUAUUUUGAUGGUGACUAUUGGUCAACUGCUGCUGAAAAUGUGAUUAGAAAUAUUGAGGAAGAAAGUGGAGGAGAUUUACAAAGGAAGGUGAAAAAACUAACGACACAGAGAAAUUUAAAAGCCAUGGGGCAUACCUCCAAUCCUUCUGGUGAUGCAGUGAAAGAUAUUCUACUGAUGCAUAAACUGGGGCAAACCAUCUUACCCCGGAAGGAAGACUUUAUAAUGGUCUACUUGCAAUACACUUGCACGUGCUGCCAUGAAGUGAUACUAACUGGAAGCAGAUGGAUUUGCAAUCAAUGCAAAAAUGUUCAGGCUGUUCAGCUAUGUGAAAGAUGCCAUGCUGUCAAGCAAAAUGUCAAUGAGGAUGGAACGCACACUUCCCAGAGCGGGGGAAGACACUUACUCUCUCAGGUGGUGGUGGAUGAUGUGUCUGCUGAUACUGAAGACAAUGACUUAUCUUUCGAUAAUGAUUUCUUUGAGAUUAGGCAUACAUUCUUAAACUUCUGUCGGGAGAACAAUUAUCAGUUUGAUACACUUCGUCAUGCUAAGCAUUCUUCACUGAUGAUCCUGUAUCAUCUCCGGAAUCUGAUAGCACCAAGUUCUGGGACCAACUGCAGCAUUUGCCAUAAGGAUAUUAUGGUAAACCAGGGCUGGCAUUGUGAGACAUGUCCAGAGUUUGAUGUUUGUGCUGCAUGCUAUCAAACAAAAAAUGGUGAGUGUCGUGUUCAUCAUAAGUUAACUAGGCGUUCUGCUGCUGCUAAUUGUGAGUCAAACAGUAACCAGACUCAGCCUCAGCAAGUAAAGUUGAAUGAAUUAGUGGAUGUUCUUCCACAUGCCUUUCAAUGCCGUGCAACCCAAAGCAAUCCAUGUUCCUACCCGAUGUGCCUUCAAAUCAAAAGACGCUUAAUGCAUGCACGUCAAUGCAGCAGUCUUUCUUUGGGUCGUGGGCAUUGUAAACUAUGCCAUUCAACCAGGAUGAUACUGAAGUCCCACUCAAAAAUUUGUAAAGAUUCAGAUUGCAGAAUACCGAGUUGCAGGGCUGCGAAGAGUAGGUUAGAAAAGGUCUAAUUUCAGUCUAAAACUCGGCGAAGGGCUGCUGCUACGGGUCAUGAAGCACCCGAGGUUGCUGGAAACAGUUGAUUGUUUGAGUGUAUAGUAAUACCGAGGUUACUGAAACAGUUGAUUGUCCAAGUGUAUGGUAAUAGAUGGAUCAUCAACGACAACACCCGAGGUUGCUGGAAACAGUUGAUUGUCCGAGUAUAAAGUUAUAGAUGGAUCGUCAACGACAGCAGCCGCUUAUACUGAUCAAUACCAUUCAAAGUAGUAAUAUUUGAAUAUACUGACUUGUUUCUUUUGAUGGUUGUAUAGAUUACUUCACUGCACUGUGCAGUGAGUUCAUUCAAACAGUGUCUCAUUUGUAACUCCAGAAUAGUAAUCAUGUGAAUAAAAGGGGAUGCCAUUUAUGAAUAAAAAUAUCCGGUGAUCGAUUUUUACCUUCUAGACAUGAAAU